CUGAUUGACGCCUCGCGCGCUCUCGGCAUUCCAAUGUGCGCGAGAUGUGACGGCGGUGCGGCGGACCCGGGCUCUCCAGACCGUCUCCAGGCGCGUUCUUCCCGGAGAAGAUGUCCCAGCCGGCCGAGGCGGGCUGCUGCCCGGACGGCUACCGAGCUCUGAGCACCGCGGAGCUGCGGGAGCUGCUGCGGGACGACGGAAAGAUGGAGCGGAUCAUCCGCCUCGACGAGAAGUUCCAGGAGCUCCAGCUGGACCGGGAGAGCCUGCUGACCUCCAACAGGAGCCUGGCGGAGGAGAGCCUGGCCCGCAAGCCCCGCCUCCGCACCGGCACGCUGCAGCUGGCCCACAGCUACCGGGAGCUGGCCCGCCUGGCGGCGGCCUGCGGCGACAAGCAGAGCCGGCUCGAGGGCGGCGUCCAGAGGCGGGGUCUCCAGACGGCGCAGAACCUCCUGCAGGAGGAGGUGACUCGAGCAGAGGAGCAGUCUGAGGAGCUGCUGGAGAGGUUCAUGGAGGGGACGGUGGACCUGGACCGGUUCCUGGACUCCUUCCAGAGCUCCAGGAAGACGUACCACGUCCGCCGGGCUCAAGCCGAGAAGCUGCAGGAGUUCAUUCAGAGCAGGAGACAGGGGGGGGGGGGGGGCGUCCCGGACCCCCACAAGGACAGCGAGCAGCCGCAGGACCCCCACAGGCCCAACGGCUUCACGGCACAGGGCCCGCUCCGGGUCUUCCAGGUCCGCUACGGCCUGACGCCCGCCAUCCUGCUGCCCCACUACCCCGCCGCCCCCCCGGCCCCCGCCCCCGCCCCCGCCCCGGACCCCCCGCCGGGACAUGUCCCGCUGCCGCCGCACGGCCGGCCCGUCGGCCUGCGGGUCAUCGGACAGCUGUCGGGCGGCUGGCCGGCCGGCGGGCGGCCGGUUCGAGUCCAGCAGCUGUACAGGCCCCAGCAGCCCGAGCCCCCCUACCGAUAGACCACCGGGGGGGGGGGGGGGCCCAAGCCCCUGGUCCAGACCCUGGUCCAGACCCUGGUCCAGACCCUGGUCCAGACCCACACCAGACCCACGCCGGACGGGACGCUCCGGUCUGUCUCCGUCUCCACACAGCAUGAAGGA